AUGGCAAAGGUUCAACUGUCGUUUCUUAGAAACAUCCACGAGCUACUAAUUCAAGGCGACCACAACGACAUAAAACUUGUUUUUCAAGAUGGCUGCACGACUGGAAGUCAGAUAUGUCUGAUAGCACUGUCGCCUUAUUUUGAAGCGAUGUUGACGUCUGAUAUGUUGGAAAAGAACACUGGAGUGGUGAUGUUACCGACAGUAUCUAAACAAACGUUUAACAAUGUGCUGAAAUUUCACUUUCUUGGUGAAAACGUUGUCAACGACGCCAACUGUCACAUGUUACUUGAUAUCGCCGAGUUGAUGCUUUUGGAUGACCUUAAGUCUUUCUGCAUGGAUUACAUGCAUGACAAUCUCACACUAACCGUGAAGAACUGCAUUUACAUUUGGAGAUUAUCUAAUAAUUAUAACAUGGAGAAUCUUGCUACACAAGCAUUUUGUCACGCGGUUAGAAACAUGGGGGGUCUUUCAAAGAAUAGAUCCAUCGUGGAUUUGACAAAAGAUGAAUAUCUUCAAAUAUUGUCUCAGUGUGAUUUGUCGUAUAAAGAAGAGGACGUUGUUCGAGAUGUCCAGAUGUGGAUACAGGAAAACAACCCUUCAGAUAACACUAUGGUCGAUCUGUUCAGAGAAAUCAAAUUUGAGCACGUCAGCUUGAGUUAUCUGACUGAUGACAUCGACUUUACAAGUUUUGUCCAGGAACACGGAGCGGUGCAGCAAGUGGUUCAGGAAGGCACCACGCGUUACCACCACCCACGCCGAGAAACAGACUCAUUUACUGACAAUCGAGCUUUAGAGCUAUGUCUGGACGUGGUGUUCGUGCUUAGAGGGUACGUGAACGUUUUGUCGGCUGCCAGUUUAACCAACAAAACGUGGUACCAGUUACCGCCAGCUCCGUGUAACCCUGGCGACUGGUGUGCGGCGGCAGUGUUUGGUAAAUGUAUCUACAUCACAGGAGGCUAUGAAAACAAGAACCUGACGUUGACGUAUCGUGUCUGGGAAAGGGUGUGGGAUUACGGGCCAAUCCUAAAACACCAACGUUAUGCUCACUGCAUGACGGUCCUCGGCGACUCACUAUACGUGAUUGGAGGAGAGAACAGUAGCACCAUAGAAGAGCUGCAGCACGGACAGCAAGAAUGGCAGGUGGUUGGAGAUAUCGGCUGUAAGAGACAGAAUUCCUCCGCUGAAGCUGUUGGAGAAAACAUUCUCGUGGUGGGUGGAAUCAUGUAUGGGAACAUCAUAGACGUCAUCCAUUGCUUCAACACAAACACACAUGCUCUGUCUAUUAUCGACAUGCCAGAAACGACGGGAUACGUCACGAGGUCGUAUCGGUGGAUGUCAGAUAUAUAUUUAGUGCACGAUCACGGCGCUGUCGACCUCCUGCACAUCGAUGAUGACUCAAGGAUGCCGAUACCGAGAGCUGAACGUGUGGCAGAAUUCGACAAACCUGGGAGAUGCUUUGGCUUUGUGAACAGAGGAAAGGACGAUAUCAUCGUCUAUUCGAAAAGUGGCAUCCAGAAGUGGAACAUCAGCGAUGGCUCCAAAGAACGCAUCAAGUUUCAAAAUAGGCUAGAACAUGGCGAGAUCUUCGAUACUUUAGAGAUGAAGAUACCGCCUUUCUAUCUCGGUCCAUGA